AUGCAAGUCGGGGCAAAACAUCAGAUUUUCUUCUCAAGUAAUCCCCAUCUCGCAAGUAAUAACCUUUAUCUCAAAGCAAGACUGCUCUCAGAUCCAGAUUCAGAAGUAACUGUGGAGGAAGAGAUGGAGCUAACUAAAAAGAAAGCAAUAUUAUGGAAGUAUGAUGAGAGUGGUCGUAUAAUUUCUGAAUAUAAAAAGAAUAAAGCAUUAGCGGUAAAAGAUUUGUCAGAAAUAGUACUGGAACCUGUUGAAGUGGCUCCAAGUUGGUUCUAUAAUGCAAAUACCUUAGUAUUUUCAUGUCUAGGGUAUAAUGGUGCAUUGACUGUAAAGAAAGGUGAAGAUGAUCAAUAUUAUCUUAGAUUGGAACCUUACGAUAAUAAUAAUGAAACCCAGAGGUUUAGAGUGAGAGUAGUCCAUUCAGCUAAUAUAUAG